CUCGCCUGUGUACACACGGGGUGGAUACAUACGUGCUGUUCUGUGAAAAUAUUGUCUAUUUAUAAAUCUGGCUAUUUUAAUAAACUUCCUGCAUUACCUGAGGCCAGUCAAACCAGGCAUUACAGCACUUUUGGUGACAGAACAGAAAUUGGAGCCAAAAUGAACACUCGUGAUGAAGCUCCUACUGAUUUAACUUCCUCUUCAACCGUUACAGUUGAUGACGCUGGUGCCGUAGUCCCGUCUGGAAGUUCAGCCGCCUCUCAAAAAGAGCGUUUCCCUGGACAGGGAAUCUCGUUGGGUGAUGGAGCUCAAUUACCAAUGGAAGUUGAUGGCGGUAGUGGACGUCAAAUUUUCAUAGAUUGGCAGUUUUACUUCGACACGUUAUCACCUAAUUUAUCUGCAAACCUUGAUGACCUGGCAGCCUAUUUGGAUCUUCCAAGUGACCAAUUGGUCAGUAUCAGAAAAGGAUACAACACGGAGCACGAAAGAUGUUUCCAUGUUUUGUGGUCAUGGCUCCAGAAAAGUUCUGUCAGAAAUGAUACAGAAAGGCUUAAACAUUUGCGCGAUGCCUUAAAAGCGGCCGGGAGAAAUGCUUUAGCCGAGGAAGAUAUCCCGACUAGAAAUAUGUACGAAUACAAAGGAAAUGUCCACGACAAAGAGAAAAAAAUCCAGAAUGGUAGAGAAGCUCUGAAAAUAGCAAAAGGAGUUGGAGAUAAUAGUGCCCGGCUUGGGAGAUAUUUCAAUUUGAAAGAGGAGGAUAUUGCACGCAUUGUCAGCAAUACCCAUGGCGAUGCAGUGAAACAAGGACAACAGAUCGUAGAGGCGUGUAUAAAUCAAAACCUUCUUAAUACCCGCCAAUAUCUCUGUGAUGGUCUGAACUAUAUAGGGAACAUAUUGCUGAUCAACGAAAUGAACGAAUACUGGGGUUAAACUUUGUAUCGUUCACAAAGGGGACAAAUUAGGAAAAACACAUGUUGAUCGAAAUAAGGUAAAAACUAUCAGGGAUCCAGAAACAAACUAUCAAACUUGAUAUAUAUGCAUGCGUUUCCUUUAUAAAAAGUAAAAUGGAAAGCAAUUUCAAUGAUAGCUCACCAAAACGCUUUGUGUAAAAAAGAAAAACAGUCAAUUGAUAUUAAUGGAGAUCAUUUUGAUUAAAAAGGUUAAAUUGUAAA